AUGUGCAGGUACGGUCCAGUUGCAAAAUGGAUCUGCUUGAUUGGAUCUAUCAUCGGUGUAAUUUUAGGGCUGUGGAGGUUCUUCCAAGACAGGAUCACGACUAAGGCCGAUGUGGCACGUCAACUGACUGAGGCUGAGAAUUCCAAGGCCUAUGAGAUGGCGCUGGCACGUGCCCGUCAGGCAAUAUUCGUUGAGAAGGCGGUUGGCUUCAUGAACAUAGGCUCACCAGCGAGGGCCAUGGUGGAGCUAGACCGUGCGCUGAAGGCAAAUGCUAUAUGUCGCUCGCCCCUGUUGAACUCACGUUACUCCAAAUAUGAGUUCGAGAAUCUGUACCGUCUCUACAUUCGGAACACCGAUGUGCCCCCCGACUUUGCACAUCUGCUGCAGCUGAGGGAGAUGCUCGACAUCGAAGACAGCGAUGCAGAGGAGAUCGAGACGCUCGUGAUGGAGCGACCACCACCAGUUGGGCUAUAG